AUGUCGUUUCGAUCAGUUGUACCUCCACCGGAUUUUCUGUUGAAAGCUGAAUUCAGUAGACCUUGUGGUCGUUCCCCCAAUAAGAUUUCAACUUUACUGACGAAUGUGCAGCGAAGAAAUGUCCAGACGCUGGCUCCAGCGGAUUCGAAAGACUUGAAUUUCUUCCAGAUGGCUGCACAAGGUGAGUUGUUGUUACUCCAGCAAGAAAUAGAAAAUCGCAACUACUGUCUGGAUGUGCAAGACAAUCAGGGAUUCACUCCGUUGUUAUGGGCUUGUGCCAACGGGCAGAAGGCUGCAGUGGAGUUACUCGUCUUUUAUGGAGCAAAUAUACUUCUACCUGGAGACAAUGGAGAAACUGGAUUAUUAUUAGCGGCUAGUCGUGGUCACUUCGAAGUAGUUUUAUACUUGCUUAAAGCCGGGUGCCCAGUGGACGUGUCUGACGAACUCUGCAACACAGCACUCAUGUUUUCAGCCUAUAACAACAACGCCGCCAUUGUAUCUUUGUUAUUGGAUUGGGGUGCUGAUAUCACUGUUAUGAAUGCGGAUGGAUGGACAGCGUUGGAUUUCGCUAUACGGCGAGGGUCUCGCGCUAGUCAACGUAUUAUUGAGAAGCAUAUUUUGUCGCUGCUAUACAAUCAUUAG